CCAUUCAGCCAGACAGCGCCAUGGCAUGUCAACGACCUCUCCUGCUCUUGCUCUUUGUCAUGCUAGUAGUCAGCACCCACCUGUCGAGAGCUCAGCACUGGUCCCACGGCUGGUAUCCUGGAGGGAAAAGAGAACUAGAUUUGUCCCAGACUCCAGAGGCUUCAGAAGAAAUCAAACUCUGUGAUGGGGAAGAGUGUGCUUAUCUGAGAAGUCCAAGGAAAACCAUUGUGAACACUCUGCUGGCUGACCUGCUGGCGAGACAACAACAGAAGAAGAAGUGAGCCUUUCCACAGACUUUCCGAAAUGCUUGCCAGCCCCACUGGCUUUUCAGUCACUUCCUUUGCAACAUGAUGGUGUGUCUAUAGAUUCCAUGUAUCUGACCGUUAAAGAAUUCUUAUGAACAUCUUGGCUGACUGCACUCGAAUGCUGGGAACGUGGAUAGUGCUGUAAUGCUUGAGAAAUGCCCCCGACCCAUCACCCAACCAGAACGAGGCCCUGUUUGGAGUUCUUUACGCACUUGUGUAACUCCACCAUGUUGAAUAAAAUACU